ACCGGCCAAAAAUUGUAGAAGAAGUCACGGUGAAGUCACGCGAUAUAGACGGAACAAUAAAUGAAAACAGUCAUAUGAUUAGAAACACAAUUCACCUGAAGGGACGCAACUAAACAUUAAGUCUCAUAAAUACCUGUCAGGUGUAAUUUCACUUUGUUGCAGCCUGUUAACAGUUAACCGUGGACUUGUUAGGAGGCUGCAGACUGCGCCAAGUGGUCUGCACACAUUCAGGAGUUGGCAGAUAGGCUGAUCUACUGUAACGAUGCUCGUCCUUUUCCUCCUGGCCGUCGCGUUCGUUUCCCAAACGGAGGCUCGCUACACCGCGGACUGGACCAGCCUGGACGCCAGGCCGCUGCCCUCAUGGUACGACGAAGCCAAGGUGGGCAUUUUCAUCCACUGGGGGGUGUUUUCCGUCCCGGGCUUUGGGAGCGAGUGGUUCUGGUGGCACUGGCAGGGGCAGCAGCCUCCGGACAAGAAGUGCGUGGACUACAUGGCCAAGAACUACCCACCCAAGUUCAGCUAUCCGGAUUUCGCCCCUCGUUUUCACGCUCAGUUCUUCAACCCGGAGGACUGGGCGGACAUUUUUAAAGCCUCUGGAGCAAAAUAUGUCGUCCUCACUGCAAAACACCACGAAGGAUUUACUAACUGGCACUCUCCAAACUCCUGGAACUGGAAUUCUGUGGAUACUGGUCCUCAUAGAGACCUAGUGGGAGACCUGGGAGACGCAGUGCGCAACAGGUCGUUGCACUAUGGACUCUACAACUCCCUUUAUGAGUGGUUUCACCCUCUCUAUCUGAAUGACAAGAAGAAUGAAUUCAAAUCCCAGGAUUUUGUGAUGCAUAAGCUGCUCCCAGAGCUUUAUAAUAUGGUUGUGAGGUACCGACCUGAGGUGAUCUGGUCUGAUGGGGACUGGGAAGCACCUGACACCUACUGGAACUCAACCGAGUUUCUGGCCUGGCUCUACAAUGACAGCCCUGUUAAAGAUACGGUUGUGACCAAUGACCGAUGGGGACAGGGCUGUGCCUGCAAACACGGUGGCUACUACAACUGCGAAGACAAGUACACUCCAGGCCAGCUGCCCAAGCACAAGUGGGAGAAAUGCACAUCUGUGGACACUUUUUCCUGGGGCUACCGUCGGAACAUGAAGAUUAAUGAACUUAUGAACAUGUCCUCCAUCAUUGGGGAUCUGGUCCGCACUGUGGCUCUUGGGGGUAAUUAUCUUCUGAACGUGGGUCCUACACCCGAUGGAAUGAUCCCUGCUGUUUUUGAGGAGAGGCUCAGGGGUGUUGGAGCCUGGCUAGGCAUCAACGGGGAGGCCAUCUAUGCCUCCAAACCCUGGAGGGUGCAGACAGAAAACACAACUGUGCCAGUCUGGUAUACAUCUAAAGGGAGCACUGUCUAUGCCAUCAUAAUAGACAAACCCCUGAAGCCUUCACUGCAGCUGUUGGAACCCAAAACAUCUUCAACCACGAAGGUGACCUUGUUGGGGGUUCCUAAUGCCUUACCUUGGUCCCCAGUCAAAGGCAAUGUUGGCCUUAAUAUCGUCCUGCCCGAGCUGCCUUAUACUCCUGGUCUGGCAUGGACACUCAAACUGGAUGGUGUCCAGUGAUCUUUGGACGUUUCAAGUUCUACACAGAUGAUGAUUUUGAAUUAGGUAAACUCCGAUUUUUAAUAUGUUUAAAGGAUAAUGUGGAUGCUUAUGAGCUGUGACUGAAGGAGCAACUCUUGCAUAAAGGGAUGGUGUUUGUAAAAGAAUGGAACACUACUCUUCAAUGAGGCUUUUGUUGCCCGGAGGACCAAAGGUUUAAUGGGUCACUGCUUUUUAAUUCUGCUCUCUUUUUAAUGAUUGCACGGUCGUGAAUGAAAAGUGGAACGAGCCGCUGGGCUCCAGAAGCACUCCUGACAGUUUGUCCACUGUGUCAUCGUGUUUCGCAGACGAUGAGUGUUUGAGUGGUUUGUUUUGAAAAUCAACAUGUACAUACAAAGCACUUUAAUUUUUAUUUUUUUUUACUUCCAUUUUGAAAUGUCCCAAUAAAAACAUACUUGAUUUGUA